AUGCUCGACCGCGUGUGCGUCGUCGGUAGCAGCGGCGUGGUUCGCUGGUCAAAGGAGUGGGCGCCCGCAGACGGCGGCGGCGACAUCGUCGGCGAGCUCAUCUGCCGCGUGCUUCUCGAGGAGCGCGCCGCAGCGUAUGGCGGCGGCGGCGGCGGCGUGGGCCUCUACUCCGACGGCAAGGCGACGGUGCGGUGGGUUGUGCUCAACGAGGCGAACCUGCUGGUGGCGGCGGUGCACCAGGCGAGCCUGGUCCUGCCGUACGUGGAGGCGCUGCUCCGCGAGACGGCCGGCGCGUUUGCGGCGCGGCAGCAGGCACUCCCGCCCGAGGCCCACGACGGCCUCUUCCCUUGCGACGCCUUCUCGCCCGCCUUUGACGCGCUGGUGGCGGCGGCGGAGGAGCGGGCGGCCGGCGAGAAGCGAGCUGCCCGCAAGCAGCGCACCUUUGCCGAGAGCAAAAAGCACGAGGCGGCGCCCAGAGGCGUGGCGGCCUGCACGCUGAGCAAGCUGGUCGGAGGCGGGCCGGUGACGGCGGAGGCGAUGGCGCCCGUGCUCAAGGCGCUGCUCGACCGGCUGGUGGAGAAGAACGUGGCGCAGGAGGUCGGCGCCAAGGUGAUCGACGCGGUGGGCGCGUCGCUGGUCGGCGCGUCGCUCCCCACCUUCGGCUCGCUCGCCAGUACCGUCAAGGCGGCGAUGGCGGAGGCGUUCGGGCGCGCGCGCGGCGGCAAGCGGCCGUACGUGGUGGUGUUUGUGGGCGUCAACGGCGUCGGCAAGAGCACUUCGCUCUCCAAGGUUGCCUACUACAUCAAGUCGAACGGCUUCGUGCCGCUCCUCUGCGCUUGCGACACCUUCCGCUCCGGCGCCGUCGAGCAAUUGCGCGUCCACGCCCAAGCGCUCGACGUGCCCCUCUUCCAAAAGGGGUACGGCAACGACGCGGCGCAGAUCGCUGCCGACGGCAUCGCGCACGCGCAGGCGAUGGGCGCAACGCGGCGCCUCGUCGACACGGCCGGCUGA